UCACCUGAGUGUGAUGACGUCACGACACCUUCAGGAAAAAGCCACGAAGGAAUCCACGAUCACCUCCUGCUGAUCGAUUUGUCCCGUCCGCAUGAAAUGAAACGAAAUCCAAACAAGUGAAGACUCGAGUUGGACUUUACACUAAACUUUGUGUGCUCUGCGGACUCGCAUGUUGCGCUCCUGCGGGUACAAACACGAUGUCUGCCUCCGCUAUAUUUGUGUUGGAUCUGAAGGGGAAGGUGCUGAUUUGUCGAAACUACAAAGGCGAUGUGGACAUGGCAGAGAUUGACCACUUCAUGCCUUUACUCAUGCAACAUGAAGAGGAGGGGCUCCUCUGCCCUGUGCUGUCACAUGGCAGUGUUCACUUCAUGUGGAUCAAACACAGCAACCUGUACCUGGUGGCCACUACAAACAAGAACGCCAACGCCUCCCUUGUGUACUCAUUUCUAUACAAACUAGUCGAGGUGUUCACAGAGUACUUCAAAGAGCUGGAGGAGGAGAGCAUUCAGGACAAUUUUGUGGUUGUCUACGAGCUGCUGGAUGAGCUGAUGGACUUUGGAUUCCCUCAGACUACCGACAGCAAGAUCCUACAGGAAUACAUCACUCAGGAAGGGACCAAGCUUGAGGUGGCUAAGUCCAAGGUGCCGACCACCGUCACCAACGCUGUCUCCUGGAGGUCAGAGGGAAUCAAAUACAAGAAGAACGAGGUCUUUAUUGAUGUCAUCGAGUCCAUCAACGUGUUGGUGAAUGCUAACGGUAGUGUGAUGAGCAGUGACAUUGUGGGUAGCAUCAAGCUGAAAACCAUGCUCUCUGGGAUGCCUGAACUGCGGCUGGGCCUCAACGAUCGAGUGCUUUUUGCUCUCACUGGACGUGACAAAGGAAAGACGGUGGUGAUGGAGGAUGUGAAGUUCCACCAGUGCGUCCGUCUGUCACGCUUUGAGAGUGAUCGAACAAUCUCCUUCAUUCCUCCAGAUGGGGAGUCUGAGCUCAUGUCCUACCGCAUCAAUACCCAUGUGAAGCCUCUGAUAUGGAUUGAAUCAGUCAUAGAGAAAUUCUCUCACAGUAGAGUGGAAAUCAUGGUUAAGGCAAAGGGACAAUUUAAAAAACAGUCUGUGGCAAAUAAUGUGGAGGUGAGGGUCCCUGUCCCCAGUGAUGCUGACUCACCCAAGUUCAAAACCAGCACAGGAAAUGCCAAAUAUGUGCCUGAGAAGAACCUGGUGGUGUGGACUAUUAAGUCUUUCCCUGGAGGUAAAGAGUUUCUAAUGAGAGCUCAUUUUGGUCUGCCCAGUGUGGAGAAAGACGAGCUUGAGGGAAAACCUCCCAUUACUGUCAAAUUUGAAAUCCCAUACUUCACAGUCUCAGGAAUACAGGUGCGAUAUAUGAAGAUCAUUGAAAAAAGUGGUUACCAGGCUUUACCGUGGGUCCGGUACAUUACACAGAGUGGAGACUACCAGCUAAGGACCAAUGUCUAAAGCCUGGCGGAUUACUCUAUAUUCCUCACUUGCAGCACUUCCAGAGGAGCAUCUAAGAUCACUUUGACUUGACUGAAAGAAUGUCUUUAAAUUUCACCUGCUCUGUUUAACGUAUUGUUUUUAUCAAAUCUGUGUGCAACUUGAUUUUAAUGUUUCUAUUGUGGGACCACUUCAAAUUAUUUAAAUGUUUAAUGAAAUUAUUCCCUCCAAACAAUGUCUCAUUAGUAACCAUUGUAUUUUUGUUGUGGCCCUAUUGUUUUUCUCAAGAGUUUGCAAUGGCACAUAAGGGCAGAUGUUGUCCUCAUAUUGUAGUAAUGCAUUGUGUAAUCACAGUCACUAAAUUCCGCCUAAAAUUAAAAACUUACACCCGC